AUGAGUAGGGAAGCGGAAGCUGGGAGCAAGCGAGCAUCCGAACUCAGCGAGGCCAUGCUCGGCGUGCCUGGUUAUGCCGACGACUCCAUGUUCUUUGUCGUGCGAUAUGGCGACAAAGCCAAGGUGAGUAUCGUGGCUUGUCUUUUCCACACGCACCUGCAUCCUUGUCAGUUUCUCCUUUUCGUGUCGUCGUCGUCGUCGUCGGACAUCUCGCCACCGACGCACUGUGAUCCUCGCUUUUCAGGCGGCAUCGCUUUCCACAAACGUAGUGGGCGUGGUGAACGGCCCACUGACAGCCUGCAGAACAGCCUCCGCAAAUGCGAAUGGGACGAUCUGCAGGAUACCAUCGGCAAGAUGGCCUCCCUAUGGAGCGAGCCCGGCGCGGGCGAUGCCGUCGCACCAGAGCAGCGAUCCUCCGAGGCUGCCGAGCUGAGGGAGCACGCGUUGGCCGUUAUCAAGCACUUUCCGGACCUCGUGCGCGACUUUGACCGUUUCGUGACGGCCUAUCGGUCCACCAUGUCGGCCGUUGGCAGGCCAGGCUGA